GGAGCCGUUCCUUAGCAACGAGUUGUUGACAUUUCUGAGAGAGCGGGAUCUUCUGUUCCUCUGCGGCGUCGCUGGGAGCCCGACGGAAAACCGUGCUAAAGGCUUGUCUUUCCCCUGCCCGACCUAGGGAGCCAACCUCGCCUGCGCUACAGCUUGCUUAUUUUCGUCGUCUGUUCUCCUGAUACUGCGUGUUCUAAAAAUCCCUUAGGCUUUCCGUGGGUUCCCAGACCAUGGCGGUGGCACUGCCCAGGGACUUGCAGCAGGACGCCAACCUGGCCAAGAGGAGGCACGCGGAGCUGUGCAGGCAGAAGCGGGUCUUCAGCGCCAGAAACAGGAUAAUUGGGGGCGACACUGAAGCCUGGGAUGUUCAAGUUCAUGACCAGAAGAUAAAAGAAGCUACUGAAAAAGCUAGACACGAAACCUUUGCUGCUGAAAUGAGGCAAAAUGACAAAAUCAUGUGCAUAUUGGAAAACCGGAAAAAGAGGGAUAGGAAAAAUCUCUGUAGGGCUAUCAAUGACUUCCAACAGAGCUUUCAGAAGCCAGAAACUCGCCGUGAAUUUGAUCUGUCCGACCCCCUAGCCCUUAAGAAAGAUCUUCCAGCCCGGCAGUCAGAUAAUGAUGUUCGGAAUACGAUAUCAGGAAUGCAGAAAUUCAUGGGAGAGGAUUUAAACUUCCAUGAGAGGAAGAAAUUACAAGAGGAACAAAACAGAGAAUGGUCUUUGCAGCAGCAAAGGGAAUGGAAGAACGCCCGUGCUGAACAAAAAUGCGCAGAGGCCCUCUACACAGAGACAAGGCUGCAGUUUGAUGAGACAGCCAAGCACCUGCAGAAGCUGGAAGGCACCACCAGAAAGGCGGUUUGUGCGUCUGUGAAAUACUUCAACAAGAGCCAGGCCAUCGAGUCAAUAGAAAGGAAAAAGCAAGAGAAAAAGCAAGAACAAGAGGACAACUUGGCCGAGAUCACCAACCUGCUGCGUGGGGACCUGCUCUCUGAGAACCCGCAGCAGGCAGCCAGCUCCUUCGGGCCCCACCGCGUGGUCCCUGACCGCUGGAAGGGCAUGACCCAGGAGCAGCUGGAGCAGAUCCGCCUAGUCCAGAAGCAGCAAGUCCAGGAGAAGCUGAGGCUGCAGGAAGAAAAGCACCAGCGAGACCUGGACUGGGACCAGCAGAGGAUUCAGGGGGCUCGCGCCACCCUGCUGUUUGAGCGGCAGCAGCGGCGGCAGCAGCGAGACCUGCGCAGAGCUCUGGACAGCAGCAACCUCAGCCUGGCCAAGGAGCAGCGUUUGCAGAAAAAAUAUAUGAAUGAAGUCUAUACAAAUCAACCCACGGGAGACUAUUUCACACAAUUUAAUACAGGAAGUCGAUAAUGAGGAAGACACCCUUGUUCCCGUCAUUCACGUAUAAAGAGUGGCAACCUUAAAGAGUCACGUUUCUUUUUUAAAAAUACACUCCUUGGGCCAUAAGUACCCUUCAGCUGUAAUCGUCCGCUGUGGAAAAAACCUUUAUCUAACCUCUCCCUUGUAUUUCUGUGAGGAACAUUCGUUUCUGUUCAACUCAGCUCAGCGAAGGUCUUGGGUGGGGCUCUGGGAAGGAGCUCCACGUGGGCCUGCUCAGGGCCACCCUAGAGAGAUGUGGUAUUUAAGGUGGUAUUUAAGGUGGGCCUGUGUUCUGCACAGACUCUAGGUUCAGCUGCAGUAAUCGUUACUGCUCCCAAAUGCAAGCUAUGUGCAAUUCCAAACACUUCAUGUGGAAUUCACUAAUUUGAUUCUCACAACAGUUGGUGGUGGGUAUUUUUACUACUCACAUUUUCUAGUUGAAUAACCUGAGUUACAGACAUGUUAAGUCACUUAGCGAGGUCAUACCCCCAGGAAGUGUGGUCGCUUGGGAUUGAACCCAAGGAGAACUGGCUCUCAGGCACUUCACUCGGCUGGCUCCUACAACUGACCUGAAACAGCAGUGGCCUUGAAACAACAGAGGCUCGGCCAGGCUCUAUGGCUCACGCCUGUGAUCCCAGCACUUUGGGAGGCUGAGGUGGGCGGAUCAUGAGGUCGGGAGUUCAAGACCAUCCUGGUCAACAUGGUGAAACCCCGUCUCUACUAAAAAUACACAAAUUAGCUGGGCGUGGUGGUGCGCGCCUGUAGUCCCAGCUGGUUGGGACUGAGGCAGGAGAGUUGCUUGAACCCGGGAGGUGGAGGUUGCAGUGAGCCGAUCUUGCGCCACUGCACUCCAGCCUGGUGACAGAGCAAGACUCUCUCAAAAAAACAAAAAAACAAAAAACCAGAGGCUGAUUCCUGCUCUCAUAGAAGCGCAAGUGCAUAUGGUGGCUCUGCCGAGGCUCCUUCCAGCUUGGGGCUCUGUCCUCUCCGCCGCCACACGCAGCUUCUGUCUUGUGGUCCAGGAUGCUGCUCUCGCCUCCACCAUCCUGCCACGCUCUGGCCAGCAGCGAGGAGGAAAGGCAAAAAAGAAGGGGGUCGGCAUGCUAAUUCUCCAUGACAACAUGGCAUGGAAAGUGCAUUUCACCUCCGCUUGUAUCCCAUGGACCAGAAUUCAGUUAUGUGACCACACCUAGGUGAAUGGAGGCUGGGAAGCUUAUCUGGCUGACCGUGUGACCAGGCCAUCAUUCCACAAUUGUAGCCAUCAUUCCACAAUUGUAUACAAAUGAAGUAAUACAUAUUGGGGUACAACUAGUUAUCUGCUGCAGGCCACACUUGAAGAGUGACUUGGAAAUUGCCAGGCAGGAGGUGUGGGGAGGCAUUUUCCACUAAGUGUGGGGACUAAGUCCAGCCCUGUCCUUGACCUCAAGGACAGGAUUUCUGGCCCCAAGGCCCAGAAAUGACUGGGUUCCCCCACCCCAGUUAGCUCUUCCUUCUCCACAUGGGUCUCUUGUGGGGCCAUAUACCCAGGGCCAUUGACAGAUGGCAGCUCUUGGCACGUUAUCCUUAGCUGAGAUAGAGCUGGAUACUCCAGUGCAGACAGCUUCGCUCACCUUACCCUCCAUCUAAAUGUAUCUGGUUCUUCCCACGCUCAGACCCUUCACUGGCUGACGUUUCACCUGAGCCUCAGGAUCGGUAGGGUUUUUAGGUGGGCAGAGUGGGGCUGGACUUGCUAGCAGGCAUAAACAAAGGCACUGUGGUGUCCAGGAGAGAAGUGGCAGGGCAGUAUCUGCUGAGGUCGGUAUGCAGAGGGCCUGGGGGCUGGUGUGGGGUGGGGGUGGAAGGAAGAGGCCUGUGGCCAAGGUGUGAGGAGCAGGCGGGGCCCAGCGAGGAAGGCUGCAGACUUUAUCCUGAAGGCAAAAGGGGAGCUUGGAGAGAGUUGUCGGCCAGGCAGAGAGGGCUGGGUGUACUCUAGCAGCCCAGCAGGCUCAGGCCACCCAGGGGCUGCCAAAAGGGAGGCAAGGCUUUGCAGACAGACUUUACGCCUCCCUCUGGAUCCUGGCCCACACGGGCUCCCAGGCAAAGCAUUUAAACGAAUGACCACACUGAAGACGUGGUUCAAAUCCACAGUCAACCAAGUAAUGCUGCCACCCCCAGGCUGGUGUGGGACCAUGGGCGGGACCCGGGGGACUGCCUCUGGAGCUGUAACUAGAGUGUGGAUUGUGAUGUAAAGCCAGAGAGGGGAGGGCAAGAGUCGGUUUGUUAGCGCGCCCUGUGUACCAGGCUCCCACUGGGCCUCUUGGGCAGGUGGUCUCUUUAAACUGCCCCCAUCGCACCGCUGGAAAGCAGCUGCUUAGCCUCGUUUUGCAUCCACAAAAUGAAGGAUCUCACUAUUCUCAUUGCACCAGGCAGGGCCACCAU